AUGACAUCCCGAUUUGGAAAGACCUACAGCCGGAAAGGAGGAAACGGCAGUUCCAAGUUUGAUGAAGUAUUUUCCAACAAACGGACCACCCUUAGUACAAAAUGGGGAGAAACCACCUUCAUGGCCAAAUUAGGACAGAAGAGACCCAGUGUCAAACCAGAUAUUUCCGAUGUUCCUAAAAAACCCAAAGUUGAAGAUGAGGUAACAGAGGAUCCAUUUGGAUUUGACAGUGAUGAAGAAUCUCUUCCUGUGUCUUCAAAGAAUGUGUCACAGGCUAAAAGCUGCUCUCAGCUGGAACCCAGUGAAGCUGCUCAGUCUGAGGACUUCACUCCUGUACUUGAACCUAACAGCAGAAUUAAUCAGCCAGACAGUGGAGAAAACGUUGCAUCCAGCAAGUGCAUAACUUUUGACAAUACUGUUCCUCUCUUAAAAGAAAAGAGCACAAGCAAAAAUGGGGAAGAUGGAGGAUGCAAAGGCAGCAGUGCUAAAGUUGUAACUACAGAUAAAAUACAGAAUUUGAAUGAAGAUAAUGAGAACAACAGUCAUUUCAUCUAUGAGAAUGCUGAAGACAGUAACAAAACCAAUGCUGAAACUACAGAUGCUUCUGGAUGCAACACUGAAACCAAGGACUUACCUGAUUCUUGGGACUCCCACAUUGGAAAAACAGCAGACUCUCCAUCAGAAACAUCUCAGACGAAGGGGCCAUUAAGAACUCAGUUGUAUGAAUGGGAGGAUGAAACUGAAGACACCAGAACUGGAGAGUAUCUCUUAGAUUUUGACAAUGAACAUCUCCCAGAGGUGAAGAGCAAGGAUGAGGAGUGUGAUAAAGAAGAUACUGAAAAUCCAAAGGAAGCCAUUAGUGAAGAACUUGUGCAAACUAUUCCUAGGCCAAGCAACUGUAGGACAUACUGUCGAUCCAACAAAGCAAAACCGCAGGGGGCAACAAAUUUUGACAAGCUCAUGGAUGGCACUAGUCAGUCUUUAUCCAAAGCAAACAAUGAGUCGAAUAAUGAUGGUCUGAACCCAGCAAGAAAAGUUUCUUUAAGUAGUGGGACCACUUGUAGAGGGACGGUUGGACGGACUAGAGACUACACUGUUCUACAUCCAUCUUGCUUGUCAGUUUGUAAUGUUACUAUACAGGAUACCAUGGAACGAAUCGAUGAAUUUACCACAGCAGCCCCUACUGACCUGGGAGAAGCUGGACGCUUAAGAAAAAAAGCAGACAUUGCUACUACAAAAACUACAACCAGGUUUCGACCGAGCAAUACCAAAUCCAAAAAGGAUGUCAAAUUAGAGUUUUUUGGGUUUGAUGAUCAAGAUGAGGGAGGGGGAGAUGAAGGCGCCUCUAGAAGUUCUGGGAGUUCCAAUUACAAAAUCAAGUACUUUGGGUUUGAUGACUUGAGUGAAAGUGACGAUGAAGAUGAAGAGUGGCAGAUAGCAGAAAGGAAAGCUAACAAAAAGCGAAGUAGAACUGCACCAUCUUCUUCACUCCAGUCAACCUCUGAUGGCAAUGAAAACUGUUCCCAGGAUAGCCAGCUCAGUACUAAUGCAGAUCUUAUGGAGUUUUCAGAGGAUGCAUCUGGUGUGCCUGAAGGCAAUAAGAAAUCCACAAAUAAACAAGGUGAUAAAUCUAAGGAAAAUACCAGGAAGAUUUUUAGUGGGCCAAAGCGGUCUCCCACAAAAGCUGUAUAUAAUGCUAGACACUGGAACCAGCCAGAAUCAGAGGCUCUGCCAGCACCACCAGUUUUGAAAACUCCCAGUGUCCCAGUAAGGCUAUCUUCAAAGGAGGCAAUUCAUAAAGAUGAUGGAGUUUUUAAGGCUCCUGCACCACCUCCCAAAGUGAUAAAAACUGUGACAAUACCUACUCAGCCCUAUCAAGAGAUAGUAACUGCAUUGAAAUGUAGGAAAGAAGACAAAGAAUUAUACACUGUUGUUCAGCAUGUAAAGCACUUCAAUGAUGUAGUGGAAUUUGGUGAAAAUCAAGAGUUCACAGAUGAUAUUGAGUACUUGCUAAGUGGAUUGAAGAGCAAUCAGCCCCUAAACACACGUUGCCUUAGUGUAAUCAGCUUGGCGACAAAGUGCGCCAUGCCCAGCUUCCGAAUGCAUCUGAGAGCACAUGGGAUGGUAGCCAUGGUUUUCAAAACACUGGAUGAUUCCCAACACCAUCAGAAUUUGUCCCUUUGUACAGCAGCUCUAAUGUACAUCCUGAGUAGAGAUCGUUUGAACAUGGAUUUAGACAGAGCUAGUCUAGAUCUGAUGAUACGGCUUUUGGAAUUGGAACAAGAUGCUUCUUCUGCCAAGCUGCUGAAUGAAAAAGACAUGAAUAAAAUUAAGGAAAAAAUUCGGAGACUGUGUGAAACUGUUCACAACAAACAUCUUGAUCUCGAAAACAUCACGACCGGGCAUUUGGCAAUGGAGACGUUACUGUCUCUCACCUCAAAACGAGCUGGGGACUGGUUUAAAGAAGAACUGCGACUUCUAGGUGGUCUUGAUCAUAUUGUAGAUAAAGUUAAAGAAUGUGUGGAUCACCUAAGCAGUGAUGAAAAUGAAGAGAAAUUGGUUGCUUCGUUAUGGGGUGCAGAAAGAUGUUUACGGGUCUUAGAAAGUGUAACUGUGCAUAAUCCAGAAAAUCAGAGCUAUCUGAUAGCAUACAAAGACUCGCAACUCAUAGUCUCCUCAGCUAAAGCGCUGCAGCAUUGUGAGGAAUUAAUCCAGCGAUAUAAUCGUGCUGAAGACAGUAUCUGUUUACCAGACAAUAAGCCUCUGCCUCACCAGAAUGUCACUAACCAUGUGGGUAAAGCAGUGGAAGACUGUAUGAGGGCCAUCAUUGGUGUCUUGCUCAACCUGACAAAUGAUAACGAAUGGGGUAGUACAAAAACAGGUGAACAAGAUGGUCUGAUAGGCACAGCUAUGAAUUGUGUGCUUCAGGUUCCAAAGUUCCUACCUCAAGAACAGAGAUUUGAUAUUCGGGUGCUGGGAUUGGGUCUGUUGAUCAAUCUAGUAGAAUACAGUGCUCGGAAUAGGCACUGCCUUGUCAAUAUGGAAACAUCAUGUUCUUUUGACUCCUUCUGUACGGGAGAAGGAGAUGAUAGCCUAAAGAUAACUGGACAGAUUGAUGCUGUUCAGGCUUUAGUGCAGCUAUUUCUUGAGCGUGAGCGAGCGGCACAGCUGGCUGAGAGCCAGACAGACGAAUUGAUUAAAGAAGCUCCCACUGCUCAGCAUGAUAAGAGUGGGGAAUGGCAAGAGACAAGUGGGGAGAUACAGUGGGUCUCCACAGAAAAGCCAGAUAGUACUGAAGAGAAAGAUAAGAAGGAAGAAGAUGAUGAAGAACUUGAUCUUAAUAAAG